AUGGCAGGUUUUACGUUCUACAAUUACGAGCCCUCUUUACCAGCGGCAGCCGUAUUUGUCAUCAUAUUCACCACCGCCGCUCUGAUUCACUUAUGGCAGAUGUUCAGACAUCGAACAUGGUACUUUAUCCCAUUUCUCAUCGGCUGUCUCUUUGAGGCAUUUGGCUACGUCGGCCGUGCGCUCUCCGCAAACGAAGCUCCAGACUACACCAAAAACCCGUAUAUCAUGCAGUCGAUAUUGCUCCUCCUCGGUCCUGCACUCCUCGCCGCGUCUAUUUACAUGAUAUUGGGCCGGUUGAUAGUUCUUUUGGAUGCCGGCCACUUAUCCCUGAUUCGAACAAAGUGGUUGACCAAGGUCUUCGUCAUCGGCGACGUGCUUUCGUUCCUGGCACAGAGUGGAGGUGGCGGUAUGCUCGCCUCAGCAAAGGAUAAGGAUAAGGUGAAAAUGGGCGAAAACAUGAUCGUUGGCGGAUUGCUCAUUCAGAUCGUCUUCUUUGGCUUCUUCAUGGUUGUCACGGUUGUCUUUCACAUGCGGAUUCGCUCUCGUCCGACUUCUCGAUCUCUUGUCCUGAACACUCCUUGGGAAAAGCUGAUUUUCAUCCUUUACGCCUCAAGCCUUUUUAUUCUUGUUCGCUCAGUCUUCCGUGUCGCAGAAUAUGUUCUUGGGAAAGACGGAGCACUGCAGUCCAAAGAGUAUUGGAUCUAUAUCUUUGAUGCGACGCUCAUGUCCUUUGUUGCUAUUCUCUUCAAUCUCUUUCACCCUAGCCAGGUAAUCGACAAUCUUGGGGCCGAAAAGCCUAGAUAUACGGUAGACGAGUAUCCCUUGCAUAGCGUAUAG